ACUGAAAUAAAUGAACUUUUCCACGACAUUCUAAUUUAUUGAGAUGCACCUGUAUAUCAUUUGACUUUCAUGACAGCAGAUGUGCUGGAUGAAAUAAACAGAUGAUCAUUCUCUCCACAAGUGUUUCUUAUAUACGAUGCUUCAACUAGCAAAACAAUAUUUUUUUAUAAUAUUUCGUGCUACAUGCAUAAGAUUAAACGGUUUUUCAUAUGUUGACAGUCGGAAUUGUUAUUUUGCAUGUAAAUGCGAUUUGUGAAUCAGGAUAAUCUUUAUAUAAUCGUGUGGUUUUUUUCCCAGACAAAUUCAUGCAACAGCUGUUUGAAGUCUUGACUGAUGUAACAUUCUUUGUAUGAUGUUUGGUUUGAAAUAAGCUUUGAAAAAAAAAAAAAAAUGGUCAAUGCCAGUCUGGUCAGAUGUGACUUUCUCUCCCUCAGUUCCCCAUCUUUAUGAGAGCGCCAUCAUCUGGACAGAUGGAGUAAUCAUUUCACUUAUUAUUAUUCAUGGCCUCGGGUAGAUAAAGCAUCAGUAAAAUAUGUGACUUAUUCAGCCAAACAGUUUAGGCUACAUCAAGAAAUAUGUCAUAAUAUAGCAAGAUUUUUAUGCCAGAUAGUGUAAAAUAAUUACUUUACUGAUUUUAUGUUUAAAUAAAGAAAGAGACCAUUCCAAUUAGCUUGAAGAAAUGUUUAAAUGAGCAAAAAAUAUCAAAUAUUUAUUUUAUGUGAUAUUUUGGGAUAAAUAAAUAACCUAUGAAUAUAACGCGUGAGUAGACAGAUUUUUUUACAUACAGUUUUUUAUAAAUAUGCUUUCAGGCGACGGACCUGUAUUUUGAAAAAUCCCAAACAGGAAGUUGUCGUCCUGCGCUGUGUUUAGUUGUAGAAAUGUUCAUGCCGCUUACAGUGAAGGUUAGUUGGUUGUUUUGGAAUGUUUGUGCGAAGGUUGUAUAUUUUUUCCCGCAUCUCCUUUUAAAAAAAGAAUGAGUUUAACACGUUCAGUGCAUGACUUUGUGACUUUCUGUCUGUGUUAUAAAUAUUUAUAAAAACUAAGGUUAUUGAGCUCCAGAGGUGUGAAUGUUUCUUUACUUGACAAAUGUUUAUUUAUAUUUAUGAAUUGUGCGAUUUUUUGGCACAGAGUCUGAUCAGUAUGAAGCCAUAAUUAAAUAUAUGUGGAAAAAGUAAACUACAUUAACAUUUGGGUUUACUGUGCAACUGAGAAGAUAAAAUACAUGUCAAAAGAUGACUUAAUGCCUUUAUUGGAAAUUAUUUUGUUGGUGUAAAAGAGAUAAAUACGCCCAGGUGUUACAUAACUAAAUGUGAAUUAUGCCCACAUUGUCCAUAUCCCAGUGCAAAACCUCAAACACAAUCUAUAAGUGUUUGUUAUAAGUAUAUUAUAACUUUAUAACAUAAGUAAUUAAUUGCACUUCAAUUCAACAGCAUGAUAAGCCCAAGUAAAUAAGUUACCGAAUACCCUAUAUCUCCUCUGUAAAAACAUAAAACUGUGCGAACCAGUACCAAUUGUGCUGAUAGUGGCACAAUAUUUGUCUCUGAUAUAGUUUGGUCCUCGUGUCGAGUGCCACCAGCAACACACACACAAACACUUAUCUAAAAGAACCGAGCUGCCAAAUGGUUCAGGUCCUCUUUGUUCCUCUAAAAUAAAUGAUCAAUUAUGUCAUUCAUGUAAUUAAAUACCCUUAAAGUCUGCAAUUUAACCUCAUCGCUCAAAAAGAAUCUAAAUUAAAGUGAAUGUCUUUGCCCUGCUACCUUCAGGUCCAAGCCUGUAGCUUAAACCACUAAGCCACUUUUCAGGAAACGGGUAUCAACCCAGUAUUCAGCCAUGGAAGACGACAUACAAGAGGAAGUCCUUUCACAGUUCAAAGAGAGGCGACUGGGCGGCUGGCAGGUCCUGCAGCUGGCGGCGGGCACGGGUUUGGCGGUCUAUGCCGUCUGGGCAGGAAUCCUCAUGCCGGGGUUUCGCCGAGUGCCACUCAGAUUACAGGUGCCUUAUAUGCCAGCGAGCAGAACUCAAGUGAGUAACGUCAUGACUCUCCUGAAGGGCCGAUCUGGAGGCAUCGCUGACCUGGGCUCAGGUGACGGCAGGAUUGUGUUAGAAGCGUGCUGUCAGGGGUUUUCUCCAGCAGUUGGUUAUGAGCUCAAUCCCUGGCUUGUUCGUCUUGCGUAUUUUCAUGCGUGGAGAGCCGGACAACAUAGAAGUGUUUCAUAUCGGCGAGAAGAUCUGUGGAAGGUUGAUCUCUCGGCGUAUAAAAAUGUCACAGUAUUUCUAGCCCCUAGUGUGUUAAGUCUUUUGCAAAAGAAGUUACUGGCCGAGCUGCCUGAAGAUGCUUUGAUUGUGGCGGGACGUUUUCCGUUUCCUGAUUGGACGGCAUGUAAAGUAGAGGGUGACGGUGUGGACAGAGCGUGGGCCUAUCACAUACAAGAACUGAGACAUCGCUACCAGUCACAAGAUAUACAUGAGGAAACCAGCUGAGAAACAUUUUAAACCUGUGCUUUCUUAUUAUUAUGUAUUCGUUUUAUCAUGUUUUAUGGAAUUCUUUGAUGCACAGAAUGUUUUUACAAGAUUUAAGCUAUUAAUUCAUCUUUUUAUUGUGCCCUCACUCUUAAGUGAAACAAAACAUACAAUGUCGAUAAACAAAACUGCUGUCUGUGGGUGUUCCUUAAAGGGUUCAAACACGUGGAUCACUUCCUGUUUCUUGAUGUGACCUAGAUAAUGUUGUGUGUACAAUAUUUCUCUUUUACA